GGAAAGAACAAGUAUGAAAGCCAUUACUAUUUUUAAACCCUAAACGAAUUUUCUUUUUGUUUUUGUUUUUUUGGUUUUUGGGUGAUUUUAAUUUUUUUUGUGAAGUUAAGAAAAAUUUAAAAAUCUCAUCUUCAAAGAUAGAAAUGGCGAGCAUACAGAUGGAUCUAGUCUGUGAUAGAUGAGCUAUGCUCCACGCACGUGUUUCCUCUCCGUUCUUUUCUCUUCCUAUUUUUGCCUCUUUAACUUUCCCACCUCUCUUUUCACUAACGUAUAUAUUCUCUUUUCCUUUUUUCCUUCUCUUUUUACUCUCUGAAUUUCCCGAAAUUCAUUCAUCUAUCUUCUUCCUUAAUCCUGGUUUUGAUCCAACACAAGGUUUUGUUUCCAAAUUUGUUCUCAGGAGCUGACAUGUUGGUUAUCUUACGUGGGCUACCUUGAAAGACUCUUCAAAUGGAGGAUGUAAAAACUUCUGAAGCAAUAGCUCCUCUAGGACCCUCUUCAUCUUCUGAGGAUAAUGCUCAUGCUUCUACCGAACCUCCAAUGAACCCAAUUAAUGGUAAACUCGGACCUGACUCCCAGUCAUCAGUGGUCGAAAAUUCGAAAUCAUCAUCUGCAAAAGAUGCUUCUGGUGAUUCACUACAAACUCUUCUGACGGAUAAUUCUACUUCCACUUUGGCACUUCCUCAUGAGAUCAAUCAUCAUAAUAUUGCGUUGGAAGGUUCUAAGACUGAGCAAGACACACUUGAUGGUCAGAGAUAUCGAGAUACUGAUUCUGUUGUCAGUGUUGAUGCUCGUCCUAACGAAGUACUUAUAGCCUCCACUUCCUCUCCUAAGGGAAGAGAUAAUGAAACUAAUCAACAUGUAUUGCCAUGCUAUGAAGUUACCCUGCCUGUUUUGAAGGUUAACAAAAUUGCUGUUGGAUCACCAAGAGCUAUGGGAUCAACUAGAGCUGUGGGAUCACCAAGAGCUGUGGGAUCACCAGGAGCUGUGAUAAAUAAUAAAGGUGUGUUGAUGGGAGAUUCUGACAGUGGAGGCACAAAAGGUAAUUGUCAAGCACCAAGAGUAGCUGAAUCACCCAGAGCUGCCGGAUUUCCAGGAGCUGCCACAGGGGGAUCUGUGACAAAACAUCCUGGGUCAGUGAUAGAGGAUUCUAAAGCCAAUUUCAUGCUUGAUACUUCUGAAUCUAUGGGAGAUGUUUCAUCACCGAAAGCUCUUACAGGCCAUAAAAUUACAGGGACCACAGAUUCUAAAACUGAAGGCACACAAUCUCAUCUUGCUGGUUCUAUUAGUUCAACCCGAGUUCGUACAGAUGACUUGAAUGUACCUUCUACUUCAUCUCCGAAAGUAAGAAAUUCCAACAAUGAUCACCAAGCACAGAUAUCCAAUGACCUUACUGAACCCCAUUUGAGGGUUGCUGGGGCGACUGUUGGAUCACCCAGAAGUUUUGGAUCACCAAGAGUCAUUUCACCGAGGGCCAUGUCACCAAGGGCAAUGUCGCCGAGGGCCCUUGGAUCCCCUAGAGCUGUUGGAUCACCAAUAGCUGUUAGAUCUCCAAAAGUUGUUGACUUAAACAGAGGCCUUAUUGAUACAGCAGCACCUUUUGAAUCUGUUAAAGAAGCAGUUUCAAAAUUUGGAGGAAUCACUGAUUGGAAAGCCCAUAGGCUCCAAACUGUAGAGAGACGUAAACUUGUAGAACAAGAACUUGAUAAAGUACAGGAGGAGAUGCCCGAGUAUAAGAAACGGUCUGAGGUUGCUGAAGAGGCAAAAAUGCAAGUACUCAAGGAACUAGACAGCACAAAGAGACUCAUAGAGGAUCUAAAGCUAAACCUGGAGAGGGCACAGACAGAAGAGCAUCAAGCAAAACAGGAUUCUGAGCUUGCCAAGCUUAGGGUGGAAGAGAUGGAACAAGGGAUUGCUGAUGAGGCUAGUGUUGCAGCCAAGGCACAGCUUGAGGUUGCAAAAGCCAGACAUGCAGCUGCAGUUUCAGAGCUGCAGUCUGUCAAGGAUGAGCUGGAAACACUACGCAGAGACUUUGAUUCUUUGGUGGCUGAGAGAGAUAUGGCUAUGAAGAAAGCUGAGGAGGCUAUGUCUGCGUCCAAGGAUGUUGAGAGAACAGUGGAGGAACUGACAAUAGAGCUUAUUGCUACAAAGGAAUCCUUAGAAUCUGCACACUCUGCACAUCUAGAAGCAGAAGAACAAAGAAUAGGGGCAGCCUUGGCAAGAGACCAAGAUUCUCACCAUUGGGAGAAGGAACUGAAGCAUGCAGAAGAGGAGUUGCAGAGGCUAAACCAGCAAAUUCUUUCUGCCAAGGAUCUCAAAUCAAAGCUAGACACUGCUUCAGCCUUGCUUCUUGAUUUGAAGGGUGAAUUAGCAGCUUAUAUGGAAUCUAAACUGAAGGAGGAAGCUGAUGAAGACUCAAAUACUGAAUUAGAUGCAGCAGAGAAGAAAACUCAUACUGAUAUACAGACAGCAGUUGCUUCAGCAAAGAAGGAGCUUGAAGAAGUGAAGCACAAUAUUGAGAAAGCAACGGCUGAAGUGAAUUGCUUGAAGGUGGCUGCUACAUCAUUAAAAUCAGAGCUUGAAGAGGAAAAGUCAGCACUUGCCACCAUCAAACAAAGAGAAGGAAUGGCAGCAAUUGCAGUUGCUUCUCUUGAAGCUGAAUUGGAUCAGACAAGGUCAGAAAUUGCUGUUGUUCAAAUGAAGGAAAAAGAAGCUAGGGAAAAGAUGGUAGAGCUCCCCAAGCAACUACAAAGGGCAGCAGAAGACGCUGACCAGGCAAAGUCACUUGCUAAGUCAGCACAUGAAGAGCUGCACAAGGCAAAAGAAGAAGCAGAGCAAGCAAAGGCUGCAUUGAGUACCAUGCGAAGUAGAUUGUUUGCUGCUCAGAAGGAAACAGAGGCUGCCAAAGCUUCAGAAAAUUUGGCCUUAGCAGCUAUUAAGGCAUUGCAAGAGAGUGCGUCUGCUCAAAGCAGCAAUGAUGUCAAUUCAAAUUCAAGUGUAACACUUUCUUUAGAAGAGUACUAUGAGCUUAGCAAGCGUGCUCAUGACGCUGAGGAGCAGGCCAACAUGAGGGUGGCUGUUGCCAUUUCUCAAAUUGAGGUAGCUAAGGAGUCUGAGUCAAGAAGCUUGCAAAAGUUGGAAGAAGUGAAUCGGGAGAUGCUUGCUAGAAAGGAAGCAUUAAAAAUUGCAAUGGAAAAGGCUGAGAAGGCCAAGGAAGGAAAGUUGGGUGUUGAACAAGAGUUGAGAAAGUGGAGGGCUGAGCAUGAGCAACGCCGAAAGGUUGGUGAGUCAGGUCAUGGAGGGAACCCCUCAAAAAGCCCAAGAGCAAGUUUUGAGGUGAAGAAAGAAUCAAAGAACUUUGACCGGACACCAUCUGCUGUUGCCCAGCAGAUGACAAGCCCAAAGGCAUAUGGGCAUGGAAGUAACCCUGAAAUUAAUCCCCUCCCUGAAGCAAAGAUUGGAAAGAAAAAGAAGAAGCCUUUGUUCCCUAGGAUUUUUAUGUUUUUGUCCAGGAGGAAGUCACAUUCGUCCAAGUGAUGUAGCUUUUGCUCAAACCACAUAUAUAUGGUCUUUACUGUUAUGAUUUUAUAUCUCUCAUUGGGCUGGGUAUCGUUUAAUAGCCCUUAGUAUGUAAAUGGUGGUUACAUUUUUGUCAUGUAUGAUAUAGUUACCAGAACAUAUUUUUACUCAGUGAAAAAGGAUGAUGUUGUUGGAUAUUGGUGGCUGUGGAGGAGAGACAAGUUUGUUGGUAGUGUGUGGCUGACGAAGCCAUAAGAUGGUUUUAUCAUGUAUGUAAUUGUGACAGUUUGAACCUACUCAUGUAAAAAAUUUGAGUUUGGUCCAAUGAAAUAACUCUUUUUUGCCU